AUGUUGGACAAGAGAGCUUCAAGAGUUGAUUCGGAAGACUUAAAAUGGAGCCAAGUGUACCAUUCCCACUCAUCCCCCGCCAGUGCCACAUUACGUUUCGGCAGAAACAUCGUCAACCUCACUUUCAUUGCCAAAAGACACGAUCUCAAAAUGCGUUCCGUAGUAGCUGUUGUUGCCACACUUGCUCUUAUCCAGAGCGCUUCUGCCCUACCUACCCUCGACAAACGGACUGAUGCUCAAGCGAAACCUAAAGGUCAACUCGAGGCGAAGUAUGCGGUCACGCCCCAAACCGAGUGCUUAUUCCAUAGCAGCUACUGCAACCCUUUUUCCAACGAUUUCAACAUCAACGACUAUAUCAACCAGAGGCCCAAUUUCUGGUUCCACCCAAUCCCAGACAGAAACAUCCCGCCACCGUACCAAAUUCCGGACUGGAGCCAAUGGCCGAACUUUUACGGGCCUUCGCGUUGGCCGACCUUCCCAACCGACUGGACGAACCCACCUGGGACCACCCAGUCCUACACGCCCACGAACCAACAGCUCCCGCCGGCAUUCUUGGACGGUGUCAAUUAA